UAGUGUUUGACUUUGAUACCAUAAUGAGCAGCAAACUCGGCUACGAUGUGACCGAUCCCACUGUGCAUGUGCUCCGAGCAUCGUCUUUCAUGCAGAAUGGGCCAUCGAAACAGGUUCGCAGCCUCGAGGAUCUGGACCGAUGGGUACGCUCGCAGGCCUAUCACGAUACGAUUGCCUAUAUCAGCAAUACCAGUAGGGCCAUUCAGGGCCAUCGAUUGACACGGGACUUUCCGGUGACCGAGCAGAUGCGACGAUUGUGCGAAAUUUUCGAUGGUUUAGAGCAUCUUCUUGUGGAACAUACACCAAAGGCAGAUGAAUCGAACGCAUCGAUGCCAGUUGGCCAGUUAAGGAGUCGAUCAUACCGCACUUGGAUGCAGCACAUGUUCCAGCAUGUUUUUAACAAACUGGAUGAUGCUAUUCAUGAGAAUUGCAAGCACAUUAACGAACUGGGCCAAUAUCUUAGACGUUCAUUUGGCAAUGCGACCAGUGUGGAUUUUGGUCCCGCCAACGAGCUCAUGUUCCUCUUCUUCCUAUGCGGCCUCUUCCGGGCUGGUAUCCUUUUAGCCAAGGAUACGGUUGCCGCGGCGCUUAUGCUAUUCGAUCGAUAUAUUCACCUGGUCCGUCGUCUGGUCAUAACCUAUGCAUUGCCUAUUGCCAAAGAUCCGAUGAGCUCUGUUGACGACUAUUACUUUCUUCCCUAUCUCUGGGGAGCUGCCCAAUUGUCACUGGACUGUCCAUUCACCCCAAUGGAGUGCGAACAGAGCAAGGUGAUUGAGAGCUACAGGCAGGACUAUAUGAUAUUGAACAUAAUAGAGCACCUGCAGAAGACACGCGGCGGUCAGUUGAGCGAGGUGGCCUUUCAUUUGUGGAGUAUUCUAUCGAUACCGACUUGGCCGCAGGUCUAUAACGGACUCGAACGGAACUACAGAGAUCAUGUGUUGUGUUCAUUUCGAACCGUAGAACAUGCGAUCUUUUGUGAACUGAUGUCCUUUGAGCCCGUAUUCUCGCCAAGCCAGUUGGAACGGGCAUAUUUGGGUCAGGAUCGUCAGAAGAACGAGGAGGAUAUGGAGCUGGAACCACGCUACGCGAAAUUCCAUUGGGAGCUAUCGCCGCCCGUCAGCAGAUAUAACAGCAUGGAACCAGAAUCCUUUCUUGGCUUUCCGCAAUCAACAACUGAAAACAAAUCGGAUGACAGCGAGGACGAUAGACUCUGUAUGGUACGACAGAUUGCCAAUGAAACUGAUCCAAACAGCACUUCGUUCUUUCCGGAUCGGCGAGCUAAUACGAACGACUCUCUUACCUCAUUUGGCAAUGAUGGUCCCUAAAGUGUCAAUCCAAUUAAUAUAUGUAAAACUGUAUGGAUUGCAAACUAGUUACAUUUGUACGGCGAUUUUUAAAUCAGUAUUUAUUCACACAUGCAUAUAUACAUAACAGUAUUUUAACUAGCAAAAACAUGUGUUAAUCUAUGAAGUUAUAGUUAACGAUAGGAUUGAGACUUCUGUUUACUAGAAUUGCUAUACUCAAAAAUGAAAACACUUUUUUUAAUUUGGAAAAGAGAGAAACUUACUAUUUAUUGCUGCCUCUCUGAAAUUUAAACUUGUACUUUUUGUAUUAUAUGUCCGUUGGCUAUCCCUAGGGUAUCGGAAAACUACAAUCCUCUCUCCAAGAAAAACUUUUUUCAUACUACGUAUACGUUAUGGCCAUUUUUGGUACAACAAACGCUUGUAAACCAUCCUGUGAAUCGAUAGUGAAAGUAUUUCUAAUACUUAUAUGUUAAGUUUAUCUGUAAAAGGCUAACAUGCCCAGGUAACUUGAUGAUCGACUUUGUUAUUUUCACUUAAAGGUUAAGAUUUAUAUGAUCAGCUAAAGAUUGCAGAAGAAUAGAAACAAUUCUUUAAAGUAUUAUAAACUUGUUUUCUUGCUCGUAUAAAAUUAUAAAUAAUGCUAAUCAAUCGUUAGGCUAUUUCAU